UCACUAAAUUGCUUCCGAUUACGUCACGUUCGAUCUGCCGCAAAAGAAGAGCCUUCAACGACACCGCUGACAACUUUUAGUCACAUCCUGGAGACUGGUAUGAGACUGAAUUUAAAAAGAGGCUUGAAACGCAGUGAGGGGCGGGGCGUAUAGAAGUAGUAGGCUGUGCAUGCUCCGUACGGCUUUCUGACGCUUUACAGCUCCGCCCGGGAACUUUCUCCCGUGUGUCCGGAGCCGGUGAUGUUACCGUGUAUGCGCGCUGCUCCGCCGCCUGCACGCCUCUUCCCGCACUGUCAAUUCCUCCAUUAGAAUUCACGGGACUGUUACUAAAGACAGGAAAAAGGGGCCGGAUGAGAAAAGAGAACGGACAGCUCGCAGGUUCCCCCUUCAGGCCGUAAUGACCUCAAAAAAGAGCAAGUCCUCUUUGCCAGAGACUCAUGCAAAACGUCAGAAGUUAAGCAAAGAAACUAAAAGUCCCCUUGCUACAUCUCAAAAGAGAAAUGUUGUCAGAAACAAGUCAAAGCCAUGUUCGACGCAGUGUAAAAGUAAAACAGCAUUGCCUACAAACAAAACCAAUAAAAAAUUACAGUCAUCUCGAUCUGAAGUGGAACAAAAAUGGAAAACUGGGAAUGUGAAAGUCACCAAAAAAAGUAAUGGGAAAAAUGUGCCUGUCAAGCAGAAAGCUGUAGCCAAAGACAUGGCAGCUUCAAAAAGGAGCACCAGCACCCCAAGGCGCUCUAAUAAUGCAUCAAAAGCCACAAAGAAAACUCCACCAACAAGUGUGCGCAAAACAGCAGCCAGAGGAACGCCUGCACAAAGAAAAACCCAAAAAAUUGUGAAAAGCCCUGCCAGAAGCCAAUCUGCAAAACGUAUAAAGAAUGAGCCUGUAAAGAAAAGCUUGAGUAAACCUGGGAAAAAAUCUGUACAAGCAAAGAAGGUGGACAAAACUGUAAAAAGUAAGGAAAAGAAACCAUCCAAGACCCCCCCUAGUAGAAACAAACUUACUGUAGUAAGUCUUAAAAGGACGGCACAAUCUAUAAGAACAUCUGGGAGAAAUACAAAAUCAGACAGUAAAAAAGAUGCAGCCUGUGCAGCUGAGACUACAAAAAAAUUGUCUAGUACUCGAAGGACAAAUCAAAAGCCAUCAAUUGCAUUAAAGCAGAAUACUCGUAUUCAAAACAAAAAAAAGUCAGUAAGUGCUCAGAUCAAUGUCUCUAAGUCUGUACCAAGACCAAGAGUAAAAAAAGAAGUUAAAACUAAGAGUCCGGAGGGGGUUGAGGGACAGUCACUUGUUCAUCAAACAAGGCAACCUGUAAUUGACUUUGAUGCCGUCAAAAAUAAAACCCUAGAACAGGCACAGUCCACUUCAUGCUGUACUUCCAGUGUAGCAGAGCAUGCAUUGCUGAAGGAGAAAAUAUCCAGUAAGUCUACAACUCUGUCUACCAGAACUUCGACUGUGCCUUUAAAGCGCAAAAGGGAUAGCAAUAAACCUUUGGUCAAGACGGCAAAGAAGCAAAAAGUCUCCAAACAAGGGUCUGAAAAAAACAUUAUAGAUGUUCCGACUGAAAAGGAUCAGAAAUCCAAGCGGAUAAGUAUCCUGGAUUUGUGCAAUGAAAUAGCUGGAGAAAUAGAAUCUGAUACAGUGGAAGUUGUGAAAGAGGCACCUAGCACCCCAAAUAAUCCCAGUGAGGAUGAACCCAUCGAGAAUAAGAAAGACAGUCCAAUGGAGGCGUCACUACCUCCUCCUUCUGAACACAGCCCCAUAAUGCCAUCUAGACGGUUCUUUCCUAGCAGAAAACCAUUGCAAAUGAAAUCUAAGGUUGAGCAGAAAACAAGUCCAUUAACCAAAAAGUCCAAAUGGAACAAAAUCAAGCUAAAAAAGAACUUUGCCCCAAAUAAUAUACUCAGGAGUCGCACUGUACUUCCUAAUCUUGAAUCCAUUAGAGCCAAAGCCUCGAUUCAGCAGACUGUGAUGGAGGCAUUGAACACGCCGAAGACUUCAAAUAAGAAGCCUGAUGCAACAUUGUCAAAAGACAUUAAACUAAAUGAGCCCGUGCUUUCAGAAAGGAUCAAGAACAAUACAGUUCUGUCAGUGGAGGGUGAAAGUGAGUCAAGGAAGCAAUCUACUGAAAAUGGACUGCUGGAGAACCAUAUAAAACAUGAGCUUGAAAUGGCAUUAGAUGAGGGAUUUAGAUUACAUUUGGAUUCAAGCCCUGAAAAUUCUCCAGUGAAGAAAGCCCAAGUGUCUUCUACACCAGUGACCAAAGCUUCAGAAAAGCCCUGCAGCGAUUGCAAGCAGCUGACAGACCAGAUGGCUGCAUCUGCUGAUAGAGGGAAUGCAGUAAAUAGCAUCGUGUCCUCUACAAAAGCAAACCAUGUGCCAUCGGAUACCCAUCUUCAGAAAGAAAUUAGAAAGCUAAAAGAAGCUGAUAAGGAUAGCAGUAGUCAGCCGAUCAUCGAUGCUGGUCAAAAGCGGUUUGGUGCGAUCACCUGUAAUGUGUGUGGCAUGCUUUACACAGCGUCCAACCCAGAAGAUGAGACUCAGCACUUGCUCUUUCACAACCAGUUUAUCAGUGCAGUAAAAUAUGUGGGUUGGAAGAAAGAAAGGAUUGUGGCUGAAUAUCCGGAUGGCAAGAUAAUCAUGGUAUUGCCGGAUGACCCCAAGUAUGCUCUUAAAAAGGUUGAAGAGAUCCGAGAAAUGGUGGAUAAUGAUUUGGGGUUCCAGCAGGUUCCUCUGCGGCUCCAUUCCAGGACAAAGACCUUCUUAUUUAUUAACAGUGAUAAGAAAGUUGUUGGAUGUUUAAUAGCAGAACAUAUUCAGUGGGGUUAUAGAGUUAUUGAAGAUAAUAUGCCAAGUGACAACUGUGACAAGGAUCAAAUCCUUUCUGAACGAGUGAAAGCUUGGUGUUGUUCUAAGGCCCCUGAGCCUGCUAUUUGUGGAGUCAGUCGUAUCUGGGUAUUUUCAAUGAUGCGGCGAAAGAAAAUUGCCUCAAGGAUGCUUGAAUGUUUAAGGAACCAUUUCAUAUAUGGCUCUCACCUGAGCAAAGAUGAAAUUGCCUUCUCAGAUCCCACUCCAGACGGCAAGCUGUUUGCAACACACUAUUGUGGUACUGGCCAGUUCCUAGUUUAUAACUUUGUCAGUGGGCACCCACUGAGUUGAAGAAUGGACGUCACCAUUUUGUUUUCUGUUUACAGGCAGAACUUGCAUCAUGCUUUUAGUUCUCCUAUAUAUGAACUCAGGAUGUGAACUCCCAAAGGGGUUCUUCUUUUUUCUUAAAACUGGAAAAAGAUUCAGAAACAGAAAAAAAGCUUAAUUUUUAAAGCAAAUAUUUUGAAAUCUUUUACUUCCAAAAGAUUGUUCAAGUAUUUUCUAUACAGUACUUUAGUCAUGUUUACAUGCAGCAAAUUAUUUUGUUCAUAGUGGACUAACUAAUUGUUAAAAAAGACUUUGUGAGCUGAAGAUUCUUAUGUGGGUAUAUAUAGAUAUGUGCACAUUUUUAUUAUUCAGUUUUAAUAUGACACUUAUAGGGUAAAGAAAAACUCCAGUCGAAAAUUUAAGCUUAAUGCAUUGUGUUUUCUGACUGUAUUUUGUGCCCUUUGUAUUUUAUUAUACCGUUUGCAGUGGAUAGGGAGUGUAGGGAUCACUAUCUGGGAGGUUGUUUCAUGGAGAGUAAGGGUAUGUUCACAUGGCGGAAUGUCAGUGCGACAUUCCAGCACCCAUAUUUUCUGGUUGGACAUUCCGCACAUUUUCCUACUGUGUGAAAUUACCCUAACUCUGUCUUUAACCCUUUUAGGAAGUGUGUGUAGUAAAGGGAGCUCAUUCUACACAGCCCAUCCAUCCAUCCAUGCAUUGCAUGGAUAUCAUUGAUCUAAAGACCUAUCACAGUUGAAAAGGGGUUGUGGGAUAAAAACAGCCAUUUAUUAGUAAAUCCCGACUUUUAAAUCCCACUAUCUACUUACAGAUAGUGGUAUUUGAUUUUGGUUUUUCUCUGCAGCAGCUAUCUUGGUUAUGCCUGGAUGGAUCUCUUACAAAUUGAUAUAUCAUUGUGGUUUAUUUAGUGAAUAAAACAUAUUCAAAAGGCCCAAUAUGGCUGACACUCUUGCAAAGUGACUAACUUCUCUGUUAAAGAAAAUUUUAUUGCCAAACUUUGCCUCUAACUUUUGAAUGACUGAAAUUAAAACGACUUUGUUUUUAGUUCCUAUUCCCUACGCUCAGUCAUAUAACCACUGCACUCUGCUGUAUAGUCAUCUAGCCCAAUCAUCACUGCCUCCUAUAGAGGUGACAUCAGUGUAACAUUAUGUAAUAACUGGAUAACGGUUUAUUCUGCAUGGCCCUAACAUAGGGAACUGUUUGCCACAGUUUUUCUUUCUGCAAGCCCCAGUUUUUUUCCUUUAGUUUCUUUUCUGUUGGCAUUUGUUGUUUGAUAAAUUGGAGCUGCUUGAUACUAUCUACACAUACUGAAAAAAAUUAUAAUUCAAACUGCUUAAUAUGAUCAUUUAAAGGACAUUACUGUAUCAAGGUUUAAAGGGAUUGUGCCAUCUCCCUCUCCUAGCACCCCCAUGCUGAGGAAGUUGAGGACAGACAGGAAAUAUAUUACCUGGUGGGACCUUCAUACAGAACUAUCUCACAGGAAGUCCUGAGCUAUGGACCCAAUCUAUAAUGUUCAUAUGCUCUAGUAGCAGAUAAUGCAACUUAAGUAAGAACCUAGUUAAAGUUACUGUCGUUGGUUGUAAAAACAGCAAAAAUGCCCACAUUGAUAAAGUAACUAUCUGUAAAAUGAUUAUGCAUAUAUUUGUAAAAUCCAUCCUUUUCCUUAGGGGUGCUUUCCACAAGGGAGGGUGUUUAGGAGCAUAAAAACGUGCUAGUUUUAUCUGCCUCUCCCUUGUCACAUGGGCACAAAAUAAACAGAUUUCUUAUGCAGGCCAUGUGUGCAUAUAAAUAAAAUGGAUUGACUUAGUAACUUGUAUUGGUGGUCAGUGAGUCUGGAAAUUGCUGUCGUCCUCUGUAAAUGCUUCAGAUGUCUGGCUCCUGUCUACUUUCAUACUCACUGAACUCAGCAGUGGCAGCUGACCCUUGAGAAGGAGACAGAGCAGAGAGAGAACCAACCUCAGUCCGUCAAAGCCAACCAUAUUUGCUGUUGCUAGGUCUGAUCAGACUAGAGACCAGGGUCUGAUGACAAAAUGAGACCUCUGCUUUUUUAACACUUUUUUUUUUUUUUUUUUUAAUUCUAUUUUUUUACAUCUUUAGCAAAACACUUAAAUAAAAUUGUUAAAUUUUUUUUAGUACUGCCUUAGAAAAAGUGAUUCUUUUUUUUUUUAACGAUCGUAACUCUUAAAUUAUAUGGUUGCUUUAGGAUCACUCUGAAUAUGGCACACUAGAUAAAAUAGAGUGAAUGCUUAAAUUACAAAAUUAUUUAAAAAAAAGCUAAUUUUAUGAAGGGACAAAUGACAGACAGGAGUAAUUUAUUUUACUCAUUAAAGGGGACAGAUUGGCUUCAUGUAGAGCCUAUUUUGCAUUGUAUAUACCACUGAGGUCUUCAGAGCACUACUGGUCUUCUUAGCAGUCACUCUUUAUGAGGGUUUUUAUACUGUAUGUUAAUAAACUGCUGUGGCCUUUUCUGUAAAUGUGUAGAAUAAUGAAGUUUGAAUUUUUUUUUCCCUCCUUGAUUUAUUUUGCUUGUUUUUUAACUCUGUAAUAAACGGACAAAUUCCU